CUCGUGAGAGAAAUGCAGUUCGGCCCGCCCUUCUCUUGCCGCCCAGCAGGGAACGCAGAUGCAGAGCAGAGUGCCCUGUCGGGGCGGCCGCACUGCUGGGGCUCGUGGGCGAGGGACGCUGCCCGCCACGGGUCGGGGUGCGGGCCGGGCCCCCGGCCCUCGGGAGCGUGGGGGGGGGGGGAGGCCUCCCUCCCCGCGGGAUCCGGGGCCAGCCGGGCCUCCGCCCGCCGGCCUGCCCCCCGGCUCCCGCUCCGCCUCGGAGCCGCCGCGGAUGCCCUCUCCGCCGCUGUCCCGCGGCCCCCGGCCCGGGCGCGGCAGACCCGGAGCCCCAGGGGCGGUGCGGACGGCGGGCGGGGUCCGGCCCGUUGCCGCCCGCCUGAUGUCAGCGGGGCGGGCCCGGCCGGGCGCGGUGGUGCGGCUCGGGCGCCUGUGCCUCCGCCCGAAGCGGCGGUGCCGGCCCUGCUCGCCGGCUGAGACCAGGUUCAUGCAGAAGUAGUGAAUUGCAGAAAAAUGAGACUGGAAGGGAAUCCUGGAGAUCAUCUAGUCCAACUUCCUGUUUCAGACCAAGAUCAACUAUACCUGUUUAUUACUACUUAAAAAAAAAAAAAAAAAGUCUUAAUGUUAGAGAUUGCAUAAUCUUCAGAGCUUCAUUAGCCUUACUUUUAAAAUAUUUUUGCUGAUUUCUGUUUUGUCUUACUUUAAUUUAAACCUAUUUGCAGUUCAUGUAAAUGAAUUUGCAGUUGUCCUCUAAACUGUGAAUAUGGAAAACA